AUGCUCUGCCUCCCGCGGGCAGAGCCACCGUUCGGCGUUAUCAACAACGGCGAUAUCGGUUUCAUACGCGGACAUCAAGCCUCUGUACACGGUCAUUGUGCCGCUACAAGAGGCAGCGCGACCAUCAACGUGGAUAUAACCUCGCUUCUAAAGUCUUCCGACUCAGAUGAGUCCCGAGGCUACUCCCACCAACCCUUGCGCGACCCAGCACCGCCGCCUCAUUCGAUACCGACGCUAUCUGCCCAAGGGCAACAACCUCCACUGUCUUUAGCUCCUGGAUCCGGGGCAGUACCGCCUCCGCGUCCUGUCAGCUCCAUAUCGCUGCCCGGUCUCCAGCGAAGCAUGCCGCCUCAAGGUUUGGAUCUGCCGGUCAAGAAGCAGAGCAAGUGGUCGUCAGAGGAAGAUGCCUUGAUCAUUGAGCUACGAGGCAGCGGGAUGAAGUGGGAGGACGUGUCGAAGCGUCUUCCUGGAAGGAGCGCCAUCAGUUGUCGGCUUCACUACCAGAAUUACCUGGAAAGACGUAGCGAAUGGGACGAAGAGCGCAAGAAUAAACUUGCUCGCCUUUAUGAGAGGUUCAAGUCAGAGAUGUGGGCCAAAGUGGCUGAGGAACUCGCCGUUCCUUGGAGAGCUGCAGAAGCAAUGCAUUGGCAGCUUGGAGAAGCAGACAUGGCUCGAAGAGCCGGGGUGGUUCCUUUUUCCCUCGCGGCGGUCAAUGUCGAAGGCGGUCACCGAACUGCACCACCACGAGCCAACAUUCACUUCCAGCCUCCCGACACUGUCGGCCAACAUAUCCCUCCGACUUCUCCUAGAGCGAUGUACUCACGGAAUCCUCCUGUGUCAGCAAUGGCUGCUGGUCACAUCCACAGGGCCGAAAACGCUGCCCUGGUUCUGUUCCUAUCGGCCCUGGCCUUCCUCCUAUCCAACAUCAAGGCCAACCACGGAACCCCGGGCCAUUGCCGAGCCUCGCUGAGCUCACAGGUGUCCCAUAUGUGCAACAAGUUGAUCGACCACGUUCAGGGCAUCUGA